AUGUAUCAGUGUGACGCAAAUAGCCUUCAGGAAUUAAAGGUAAUAUGGGACCAUUGGAAUGAAAAAACCAAGCAAUUGUUUAACUCAAGUUAUGGAGAUUUACCGCAUUUACUCGACAUUGAGGUAGAUGUGCAUUUGUUCCGGGCCAUCGCUCAGUUUUGGAACCCCGCAUAUGAUUGCUUUACCUUUUGUGGGGUUGAUUUGGUACCCACUAUAGAAGAAUAUAUAGCUUUGCUACGUUGUCCAAAGAUCCAGGUUGAUAAAAUAUACUCUAGGGUCGUUAAUGUUCCGACCUUUAUAAAGAAGUUGAUGAACAUCACUGGAAUGAGUGAGCAAUGGGUCACGGCACGGAUCAAGCAGAAGGGGGAAAGCAAAUGUAUCCCUUGGAAAAGCCUGCAGGAGUUGAUUUUGGGGCACCCUGAUACGAGGAAAAGGGUCGAUACCUUUGCUCUAAGCAUUUAUGGGCUAGUAAUUUUCCCUAAGGCACUAGGGCACGUAGAUGAGGCAACCUCUGAUCUCUUUGACCGACUUGAUAAGAGAGUUACACCUGUUCCAGCAAUUUUGGCAGAAACCUUCAGGUCAUUAAAUGCGUGUCGAAGGGCAGGGGAAGGCAGAUUCAUUGGGUGUGUGCAACUUCUACUGGCAUGGUUCUAUAGUCAUUUUUGGAAAGUUGAUAAGGUUUCGUAUCGAGUUUUUUCUGAAAAUUAUUCGCUGUUAAAGGAGAUAGCAGCUACACCAAGGAGAAAUGACAUCUCGGAAGAGAAAUGGCUGCUCAUUCUUCAGAAUCUUCGUGAAGAGGACGUUGAGUGGAGAGCCCCAUGGUUGCUUCCGGAUGAAAUCUUGUACCGAUGUGGUAACUUUGAUUGGGUCCCGUUACUUGGAAUUUGGGGAGCGAUUGGUUAUGCUCCAUUGUUGGUGCUAAGACAGUACAGGUCAAGGCAGUUUAUACCUGCAACCCAAGGCUUAGCUGAGUUCAAAUUCUCAUAUAGAGACAAUGGAUAUAAAAAUAAGAUUCGAGAGAUAACCAAUGCAUGGGACCAGACUUGA